ACAACUCGGGUAUAGGUUCCUGGUGGUGCCCGCUUCCUCUUCUAGUUUGUUUAGUCACUGACUUGAUUCCUGUGGGCCGCUCGGCGCUGCCAGCAGGCUCAGCGCGCCACUGCAAUGCGGGAGCUCCUCAGCUCCCGGGUAAACAGAAACCAGCUGUAACACCGGGUCAGAGCGCAUUCAAAUGAGCCACUUUGAAGGAGCGGCGCCCAGGCCCCAGGCCCCGCUGUGAAGGCCCCGCGGAGGUCAGGGCCGGGCCGCGUGACCGCCUCCCGCGCUCGCUCGCCAGGCCCUGGGCGGCCCAGCUCGAGGAACAAAGGAGCUAGAAGGACCCCUUGCACCUGGUCACCCAGCAGAGCACACCAAUCCCUUGGCUCAUUGAAGAGGUUUGGAUUUGUUGCAAACGGGACUUCAAAAACUGAACAGAGAAAUCCCAAGUGCACUGUCUGAAUUUGCCUGUAUACUCUUGUUCCACGUCCGAGAAAGAGCCAGACCAACCAAACUGGUGAUUUUGGGUGUCCUGCGGCCGUGGAUGCCUUUGACAUUAUGACCGCAGAGGAUUCCACCGCAGCCAUGAGCAGCGACCCUGCCACCCCGUCCUCGGCCAAGGUGCCCGAGGGUGUGGCGGGCGCUCCCAAUGAGGCGGCCCUGGUGGCGCUGAUGGAGCGCACGGGCUACAGCAUGGUGCAGGAGAAUGGGCAGCGCAAGUACGGCGGGCCGCCCCCUGGCUGGGAGGGCGCACAUCCGCAGCGCGGCUGCGAGGUCUUCGUGGGCAAGAUCCCGCGCGACGUGUACGAGGACGAGCUGGUGCCAGUGUUCGAGGCCGUGGGCCGCAUCUAUGAGCUGCGCCUCAUGAUGGACUUCGACGGCAAGAACCGCGGCUACGCCUUCAUCAUGUACUGCCACAAGCACGAGGCCAAGCGCGCCGUGCGCGAGCUCAACAACUACGAGAUCCGGCCGGGUCGGCUGCUGGGCGUGUGCUGCAGCGUGGACAACUGCCGCCUCUUCAUUGGCGGCAUCCCCAAAAUGAAGAAGCGCGAGGAGAUCCUGGAGGAGAUCGCCAAGGUCACUGAGGGCGUGCUGGACGUCAUCGUGUAUGCCAGCGCAGCCGACAAGAUGAAGAACCGCGGCUUCGCCUUCGUGGAGUACGAGAGCCACCGCGCCGCGGCCAUGGCGCGCCGCAAGCUCAUAUCAGAGGCCUUUCUUGCUCUAUGGGGCAUCGAGGGUUCGUGCCUCGAGGUCACACUGGCCAAGCCAGUGGACAAGGAGCAGUACUCCCGCUACCAGAAGGCGGCCAAGGGCGGUGGUGUGGCCGAGGCUGUGGCACAGCCGCCCAGCUACGUGUACUCGUGCGACCCCUACACGCUCGCCUACUACGGCUACCCCUACAACGCGCUUAUCGGACCCAACAGGGACUACUUCGUGAAAGCAGGCAGCAUAAGAGGCCGGGGCCGAGGUGCAGCUGGCAACAGAGCCCCAGGGCCAAGGGGCUCCUACCUCGGGGGAUAUGGUAAAAUUCACACCAUGGAGCACAUGAUCAGCCCCAUUGCUGUGCAGCCAGACCCAGCCAGCGCUGCUGCCGCCGCCGCAGCUGCCGCCGCCAUCAUUCCUGCCGUCUCAACGCCACCGCCUUUCCAGGGCCGCCCAAUAACUCCAGUGUACACAGUGGCUCCAAACGUGCAGAGAAUUCCCACUGCCAGCAUCUACGGGGCCGGCUACGUCCCCUUUGCUGCUCCGGCCACGGCCACGAUCGCCACACUACAGAAGAACGCGGCGGCUGCGGUGUAUGGAGGCUACGCCGCGGGCUACAUACCUCAGGCCUUCCCCGCGGCUGCCAUCCAGGUCCCCAUCCACGACGUCUACCAGACAUACUGAGACUGGCGACUGGAGAAAGACAAGCAAAGGGGACACCGCCGAAGGAACGCUUUACUAUUUAUGAAGAAAGAAAACGUUGGAUUAGCGCACACAGGAAACCAGAAAGUGAAGAAUGUUAUCUAAUACCACACAGAAAUCUUUUAUAUCCCAUGAAGUUUUCCCCUAGUUUUUUAAAGACUGUUUUCCACUUCACAGGCCUGUGUUCAUACAUUUCUAUAAGACUUGCAAUGGUCCGUGCCUUAAUACCAUCCUUUUAAAAAA